CGCACCAUCACCAGCACCACCACCACCACCACCACAGUACUACCACUCCAUUCAUCACUUGUCACCACCACCACCACCACCACAACAACAACAACAACAUGGCAAAGAACACAACAUACAAAGGAUAUUCAAAACUGGCAGAGAAGAUUGCGAGAAACACACAUUUCACGUGCGAGGAGGUGGAUGCAUUACUGACUCUACAUGACCCAACAAGCACAGCACCCCGCAUGGACGGCAAUAGGUUCCGGGACAUGAUGCACGGAACCUUCGCAAUGACGGACGAGGUGCUGAUGGAGGCGAUGUUCAGAGUGUUCGACAUGGACCAGGACGGUGUGGUGGGGCCCGAGGAGUUUGUCUUAAGCAUGUCUGUCUUCCUACACGGCUCCCUUGAUGAGAAAAUUGACUAUUGCUUCAGCGUGUAUGACCACAACGGUGACGGAAUGGUGUCGAGGGAUGAAAUGUUCCACCACCUCAAGUCCACUGUGGUCAAUCUUCCACCUGGCGAGGAGCUGGACGAAGUGGCGAAGGAUCUAGUAGACCUCGUGGUAAGGAAGUUAGACCAAGACCACGAUGGGCGGGUUAGUUUCAGUGACUAUGCCGGGGCAGUGAAGGAGGAACCGCUGCUAUUGGAGGUGUUCGGCCCAGUGUUGCCAGAUAUACAGGAACGAGAGCACUUCCUCAGCACCUUCCUGGACCUGUACGGCCUGAGAGCACAGCAGAUUUAGCACCACAGCAUCACUCAGCACCACUACUCAGCCCUGCCACGCUUCACUGCACCAAUACACUGAACCUGAACCUCCGAAGCGCCACUCAGCUCGUUCACAAUCUCACACUCGCUACUCGGCACUCUAAGGUUCAUUUUGUCUAUUGGAGAAGCACCUUAUUCGGCCCUUGGGAUUAUUAUUUUUUUUUUUAUUUCAUUUUGUCCAUUUGAGUAUUUGUGAGUUGUUGUGUUAUUUAUUUAUUGUGGUUUGAAAUUGGUAGGGAAAUGUGGGGAUUAAUUUUGAAAAGUAUCUUAUUAGGCCCGUGGGAUUAUUAUUAUUAUUAUUUAUUUAUUUUUUUUUUACAUUUUGUCUAUUUGAGUAUUUGUGAAUUGUUAUGCUAUUUAUUAUGGUUUGAAAUUGGUAGAGAAAUGUGGGAAUUAAUUUGAAAGCAUCUUAUUCGGCCCCUGGAAUUAUUAUUAUUAUUUAUUUAUUUAUUUAUUUUUAUUUACUGCGGUUGGAAUUAACUGGAACGAAUGUUUUAAUGUGAUAACCAGCUAUAGUGUUACUCGGGAAUGCGGAAACUAUUAAACAAUGAUAAAGUUUGCAGAAAAAUAGUUUGAAAAAAUAGAUAUAUGGAAAUUUAUAUCAUUUUUUUCUUUGUUAUUUGUGAAUAUAUUUAAUCAGUACCUGAGUUAAACAAAUUCUGGAAUGUUUGUUGAAUAAUUAAAGGUGACAGCCCAUCGUGUACUAAAGAUCUGAAGGGUUAUCUAGAUGAACUCACUAUAAUAAAUUACUCGAUAAGAUGCACCUGUUACCUAGCCAUCCUCUCCAAGGGUCAAGACCAAGGAUUCUAUAAGCUCUGUAUUUUCCUUGGUCAAGACUAACAGUAAGCAUGGUUGUCUUAGCGGAACUGUGACUGUCUCCGAAAGCCACAGAGAUGAUUGGUUCCCUUCCUAACACCCAACUACGUUUCUUCUCACAGAUAGAGCAAAAUCAUACACUAUUACCUAAGAAUAUCGUACACUAUCACCAAAAUCGUUGAUACGCGUCAAAUUCUUAUAUUUAGUUAUCUUUCACUAUAAUCAUGAAUAAACCCUUGAAGACUCUCAGUAACUUCCACUAAAGCAUAUGAAAUCAGAAGUGAAAUAUUAACCAAAUCAACUAAGAAUAUCGUAAACUAUUGCUGAAAUCACGAAAACAUAAAAUUCCCAUAUGAGGUUAUCUAUCACUGUGUUAACGAAUAAAACAUUAGUAAUUUCCACUAUAGCAUAUGAAAUCAGAAGUAAAAAAAAAAUAUAUAUAUAUAAACUAUCGCUGAAAUCACAAAAACACACAAAAUUCCCAUAUGAAGUUAUCUAUCACUAUAACCCUGAAUAAACCUUGAAGAUUCCCAGUAACUCCACUAUAGCGUAUGAGAUC